AUAUUUUAUUUUGUCAUGGUUAUUAUCUUUGAGACCGUGUUUGGAGUUUGGACGUCUGGGAGUAAGUUUAGGACUUAGUGGACAUCAUAAUAUAAUAUAAUUUAUCAUGGUUGUAGUCUGUAGACACUUUUAGUUAAAUACUUAAAUCGUAAGGUUUUGCUAAAUUAACAUAUCCUAAUGUAAGUGAUCUCAACGUUUUAUUUAUCAUUAUCGUAUCACCUUUUUUUGUGGAAUUUUUGUCAAACUGGAAUAAACUAUUUAGUUUCUAUAAUAAAAAGUUAAUAACAUAUCUUAAAAGUUUGGUCGAUUUAAAUAAAAAAUUCUGCUGAUAACAACAAAUGUAAGCAUCAUACUAAAAUGCAGCCUCAAGAAAUUCAACCCAAAUACGCAAAAUUAAAUAUAGGUGGUUCGUUAUUUUACACUACAAUUGGUACCUUGACCAAGCAUGAUACUAUGCUGAAAGCUAUGUUUAGUGGUCGGAUGAAAGUACUUACUGAUACUGAAGGUUGGGUCCUAAUUGAUCGUUGUGGCAAGCACUUUAAUUCUGUGUUGAACUUUUUGCGUGAUGAACAUGUAGCUCUUCCAGAUAAGACACAUGAAAUCGCUGAGCUAUUAGCUGAAGCCAAAUUCUAUUUAAUAUCACCACUUGUUGAAUCUUGUCAGCAAGCUUUACGGUCAAGACAAUGUAAAAUCGAACCUCAAUGUCGUAUCCCUCUUACGUCUUGUAGUGCAGACUUAAGUCAACUUAUUACAAUGAGUACAAAACCAACUGUUAAACUUCUUAUAAACAGGCAUAACAACAAGUAUUCAUAUACAAGUGCUUCUGAUGAUAAUUUACUAAAAAAUGUUGAAUUGUUUGAUAAACUUUCAUUGCGGUUUGGUUCAAGAUUUUUGUUUAUCAAAGAUGUUAGUGGUUCAAGUGAAAUAUGUUGCUGGAGUUAUUUUGGAUUGGCAACUAAAGUAGCUGAAGUUUGUUGCACAUCUAUUGUAUAUGCUACAGAUAAAAAACAUACAAAGGUUGAUUUCCCAGAAGCAAGAAUCUAUGAAGAAUGUCUUAAUCUUAUGCUUUAUGAAAAUCGCACUGAACCAGACCCAGAACUCAUGCAAGCUACAUCUUGGCGUGGUGCUGUAUCGGGUAUGUCAUCAGCUUAUGGAAGUGACGAUGAAGAAGAACGAACUCGUAUAGGGCUUAGAAAAAGAUUAGUAUAGUGAGCCUCAAUCAGCUUUUAAAAAAAAGCUAUUAAGUAACAAGUAAUGGUAACUAAUAUACUUGAGUUAUAUUUUUGAUGCCCUUAAACAUUGCUUUUUUUGAAGCUAUUAUUGUUAUUGCUUUUUUGUGAGGUUAAGUUAUAGUAGAUUUUCGGAUCAGACAGUUAAACUUAUUCAGAUAAUUGACAGGACAAAGACAAAGGUUAGGUUAGACAUGAAGUUAAGAAUUUAUUUUUGAUAAAUUUUAAUGUUUUUUUUAAUAUGUUCAUAUUACAUUACCAUAGUUACCAAUUUUAACAUUUACAAUAAUGAAUUUUCAGCAACAAAUGUACUACAAAAUUAUUAGUUGAAAUAUUUUUAUCAUCAGUCAUAUUAACACGUUGGCUGCGUACUGACGCCAAUUGGCGUCAUAAGUAUCAUUCAGCAACGCGUUUGACGCCAAAUGGCGUCUAAUAUGGAUUUAAAAUAAAUGGUUUAAAAUUCCCUACGCGUGGCUGAAUAUUAUUUUAUAAUUAUUUAGCGCGGAUUAAACGCAUGUUUUUAAAGAUGUAAUACAUACGUCGUUAUGAGUAGUUUCUUUAUUUUUUUUAAAUUUAUUUUGUUUUUACUUUUAUCAUACGCACUGGGUGAAAACAGCAAAAAGACAUACGCAGUCUACGUGUUAAGUAAACCGCUGACUAGUUAAUUGUUAUCUUUAUGUAUUAAUAAUUCUUGAAUGAUAUAUUAUAAAUUUAAAUUAAUUCAAAUUGAGUUAUUAAAAUAAAGAUUUGUUGUACAUUUUCUAACAUUUCGGUUUUACUUGGUAUUACCAAAAUUUUUAUGAAUAAAUAAAUAAAUAAAAACA